AAAGAAUUAACACAUUAAUUCGUUUAUUGAGAUCAUUAACGAGAUAAGGCAGGCAAACUGAAGACCCAGACAUGGCUAAAGGAUUCGUAGGCUUGUUGCUUGUCGUGUUAAUAACCUGCUGUGUUUUGUCGUCGUUGUCGAACGCUAAGCGGAGAUCAAAGCCGGACCAGUGCCCAAGACUACGUCACAGGACAAAUUGCACAGAAGACGACGACAUGGAAAUCACUGAAUGUUGUCUUGAGAAAUACAAACUGGGCUUUGACAAUUUACCGUCUAGCUAUAAUAUUUCCGUCCAAGACCCGCCAUCUUGUGCCCUUGACGCGGCUUUGGCUAAAUGCCUCGAGGACAGCAAAUGCUUCCGCAAACCGCUUACCAGAAACCUUCGCCUUCUUAUGUUCAAUCAACUGAUUUUCACUAAAAGAACGGGACUGUGUAGCCGAACAAAGUUUGAAGAUCUCUUGAGAGAAGCUAAGAAAAGAUCCGGUGCAAAUUUCCUCAAGAGGUUGAUGGCUAUCGAGGAAAUGAAUGGGUUUGACCUUGAAGAUUGUGCUAAAAUAGUGUAUGGGAAAUGUGGCAGACAAUUCAGCCGAAAAUUGAAGAAUAACCCUGGAUACGAUGUCAUGAAGCUGUGCAAAGUAUUUCAAGAAGAAGGGACUUGUACAUCCAUAGAAGCUGACAAAUACGAUUGUAAAAACUCCCGACUCCUCAACCGGUUCAAAGAAAAUUCCAUUGAAGCUGCCUCGGCUGUUUUAAAUGGAAUUUGUACCCAACCCUAAGGGGAAAGUCGAUGGUGGGGAUGCUUCACUUCCAAUAACAAAUACAAUUUUAGUUUGGCCAAACUAGUAUUCACAUAUUGAUAAUAAAAAAAAAUAAUAGUAUGUAAUAACUGUAAAAAUAACCAGCACUAUCAUCAUAAAAAUUACAGCUUCCAUGAUUGAUUCGUUUUAAAAAACUCCUAUUUCCACUAAUUCGCAGUUUGUUAUCGGACAGUUCAAUAAGCCAAUCACACUCAAAGUUGUAGUUUAACUCAACUAAGCAUAACUUUUGCGCCUCCUCAGUCUUUUAAUGCAAAUUUUCCCUUUCUUUCAUAACUUAGCUAUUCUUCUUUUCUCGGAAACUGUAAUUUUUAUAAAGAAUUGGUGAUAAGACUUCGCGUCGUCCAAUUCGAUCUGUAAUCAUUCUCGUGAUAAACAAAUCAGAAUCCAGCUUCGCAGUCGUCCGAAUUUGUCAUCACUCUUAAUUUCUACACAAAAUUGUUUGGUCCAUUUAAAUUUUAUUUCUUAUCUUCGAAGAUAUUGGCAUAGUUGUUUGCUAUCUGUAAUUCGAAGUUAAAUAAAGGUUUUCACUUUCACUCGUAUGAUUACAGACCGAAUUGGACUUCACUCAGUCUAAUGAAGAUGAUAACUGGGUCAUGAUUGUGUUUAUGGGAGGAUUUACAUGAAACAAUUCAGUUAUAUUAAUGGCCCAAACAGAGAUGAAAUUCAGUGAAUCAAUAAUUUGCAGUAUCGCUCGAAAUUAGCUCUUUACGUGCAGCCUACAAGUAGUUAUUGCAGCAUGUACCUAUCUUAGUCAUGAACGCAAUAAAUCGAUGAGUAAAACAAAA